AUGGCUUACCCCCACACCGAGGACAUCCUCGGGCAGCUGCCCAUCCUCAAAUCCUACACGCACAUCCUGCUCUGCUUUGCCCUGUCCGACCCCUCCCAGACGCCCUCCAUCCUGGCUGCCCUCGAGCACGCCGCCCACCAAGUCCUCACCCUGUUCCCCUUCCUCGCCGGCCAGGUGAUCAACGAGGGCGCCUCCGCAACCAGCUCGGGAACCUUCAAGGUCUCCCGGCACGUGGAAUGGGAAUCCCCGGAGCGCCAGAUCGUGCGGGUAGCCGAUCACAGCCACCGCACCACGAUGCCUCCCUACAGCACGCUCCUGGCGGCCCACGCCCCGACCGGCAUGCUUCCGGGCCCGCUGCUCAGCCCGCCCCGACCCGCCUUCCCCCAGCCCUACCCCGACAACAACAACACCCCCGCCCCAGUCCUGGACAUGCAAGCCAACAUCCUCUCCGGCGGACUCAUCCUCGCCCUCGCCGCACAGCACAACAUCAUCGACGCGAGCGGGAUCUUCCAAAUCGCGUCCCUCCUCGCGCGCACCAUGCAGGGGACCCCGAUCCCAGCCGCCGAAAUCCUAGAAGGCAACAUCGACCGGCGCACGCUGAUCCCGCUCCUCCCCGCCGACUCCCCGCUCCCAGAAGACCACUCGGAGCUGAUCCCGGCGAUCCCGCUGACGCUCCCGCCGCCGGCCUUCUUCGCGCCGUACCAAUGGCGCUACUUCCGGUUCUCCCCGGCCGCCGUGAGAUCCAUCCACGCCCUCGCCUCCCCAACCCCAGCCGGACCCCCACCGCCCGAAACCCCCAGCAUCACCCCCAACGACGCCCUGACAGCCUUCAUCUGGCAGCGCCUGUCCACCAUCCGCCUCCGCCGCCCAUCCCACCCAGACCCUCCGCCCCCCUCCACCCCGACAAAACUCACCCGCGCCCUCGACCUGCGGCGCACCCUCAACCUCACCCCAGCAUACAUGGGCCACAUGAUCCGCACCAGCCACCUACGCCUCCCCUUAUCCACCGUCGCCACCCUCCCGCUCCCCGAGCUGGCCGCCCGCCUGCGCGCCCAGAUCCACUCCCUGCGGUCCCUCGACUCCGUCCGCAGCUACGCGAGCUUCCUGGCACGGCAGCCCGACAAACGCAAGAUCGCCUACGGGGGGGGGUUCAACCCGCGGACGGACUUCAACUGCUCGAGCGUGGCGCAUGUCAAGAUGCCGGUGUUUGGGGAUCUGGGGAUGCCGGAGUUGGUGAGGCGGCCUGAGUUUGAGGGGGGGAAGGUGCCCGGGGGUUGUUAUUUGGCGCCGAUGUUGGGGGAGAUGACCACCCUACCCCCCAUCGAAAUCGCCAUUAUCGGCAAUGGCAUAAUCGGGACGAUCCUUGCCCUGGGCCUCCUCAACCUCCCCCCCUCCCCCUCUUCCAUCCCCCUCUCCAUCAAGAUCUACGAACAAUCCCCGGAACACCGCAACAUCGGCGCCGGAAUUGCCUUCACGAUGGCGGCCCGAAAAUGCAUGGAACUAAUGGACCCGCGGAUCGCAGCGUGCCCCUCUCACCCCGACCACAGCGUGCGUCCGGAAUACGAAUACGAUGCCUCGAAGCAGGAUAUCAGCGUGCAUGGGAAGGUGUAUAAGCUGUAUUUCCUGGCGGAGGUGAUGAAGUUGGUUCCGGAGGGGGUGGUGGAGUUUGGGAGGAGGGUCGAGACGGUGGAGGACUCGGGGGAUGGGAGUGGGAGGGUGAGGGUUGGGUUUGUGGGUGGGGAGGGGGUCGAGUGUGAUGUUGGUAUGUAUUUCCCCCCCCCCCUCCGGGCUAACAGGACAGUCAUCGCCUGCGACGGAAUCAAAUCGCGCAUCCGCCAAGUGCUCUUCUCGUCCGUGUAUAACGCGCAGUACACGCACCAGCUGGCCUUCCGCGGGCUGGUGCCGAUGGACCGCGCGAUCGAGAAGCUGGGCCGUCAUCGCGCGCUGAAGCAGCAUAUGCAUCUCGGGCCGCACGCACACGUGCUGCACUUCCCGGUGGCGAAGCAACAGCUCAUGAACUGGGCGUGGGCGAGCUCGAGUAUGACGGCGCCGGCGAGCAAGGGCGAGGUGGUGGAGGCGUUUCGGGCAUGGGGCCCGUUUGAGAUGGAUAAAUGGGCCGUCUUCGAUACGUACGACUGCCCGGUGCCGGCGUAUGCUCAGGGGAAGGUGGCGUUGGCGGGGGAUGCGGCGCAUGCGUCGUCGCCGCAUCAUGGGGCGGGGGCGGGGAUUGGCGUCGAGGAUGCGCUGGCGUUGGUGGCGGUGAUGGCAAAGGUCCGGGGCGAUGCUGGACAGGGCGUGGCUCGGGGGAAGGCGCUCGAGAUGGCCCUCCAGGCGUACUCGGCCGUGCGCUACGAACGCUCGCAGUGGCUGGUCCGCAGCAGUCGCGAGGUGCGUCGCGUGUACGAGUGGGAGGCGCCUGACAUCGGGCCAGACAUGGAUCGGGCAGUGUGGUAUUUCGACGUCGACGCCAUGGUCGUCGAGGUCGAGGAGGAGUACCGUCGGCUGAUGCAGUAG